AUACAGUGUGAUAUUUCCAUCCUUCAAAUUGACUGACCAAUCGGCGAAUUUGACAGCUGUGCUUGAUGUUUCUUCAAUGAGUAAUUUCUGCGUAAUGAAGACUUAAUCUUGGAUUGUAUUUGCGUUUGAACAUUGAAGAAUCCGCAGCAAUGUCAAGAAGUUCCCUGGAGAAGUCAGGGUUCGCUUUGGGAUCCCUCGUGAAAGAAGGUCGCCUUUUGAAAAGAGGAGAGUAUAUUAAAAACUGGCGCAGUCGCUAUAUGAUGUUAUAUAGUGGGGGUAUUAUGUAUGGGUAUAAAAAUAAUCCCGCCGAUGCGCCCCCAAACGAGACUGAAGAGCCCCUGAACGAGUUCGACUUGAGACACGGACACGUGAAGGCCACUGAGAAGUCUUCAAAGUCUGGCUGCACAUUCACAAUAGGAUUUUUACAAGUGUCGCAUUAUAUUGAGCGACACUUUAGCGCGGAAAGCGAAGCGGAUCGCAACGAGUGGAUUGAAGCCAUACAUCGUGUGUGCCACAGUGGCGAAAGUGACGUCAUACUCCCAAUUCCUCGCUUCGCCCAUACCACCUCAGGGGGAACAACCUCAGGAACGGGCAGCCAGCAUGAUUACACAAAUGAAUCGUCUGCCACCAGCUCUCCAUACCUGAACAACCAUGCCGCCACCUCCAAUACAGCUCUGACGUCAUCAGAUGACUCACUGUCUAGGAACCAGGCGACACACCUCAGCCAAUCACAGCACUCCUCGGCCUCCAACCUGAGAUCCACUCAUCAGAGCUUACCUGUAUACCCCACAUACGACGAUUUUGACAAACUCAAGGUGCUUGGACAAGGAUCGUUUGGGAAAGUGAUGCUUGUGCGUGAGAAGUGCAAUGGUCAGCUGAUGGCCAUGAAGAUCCUGAAGAAGAGCACUUUGGUGGCGAAGAACGAAGUGUCCCACACUCUCACAGAGAAACACGUGCUACAGUCUGUGUCCCAUCCCUUCCUCACCCAACUCAUCUACGCCUUCCAAGACAAGUUCAGACUGUUCUUCGUCAUGGAGUAUGCGCACGGAGGAGAACUGUUCUACCAUCUAGGCAAAGAAAGGCGAUUCGAAGAACCCAAAGCUAGGUUCUAUGCAGCCGAAAUAGUGCUGGGCAUCGGGCACCUUCAUAAGCAUAACAUUCUCUACCGAGAUAUAAAGCUGGAGAACAUCAUGAUAGACCACGAGGGUCACAUAAAAAUAACCGAUUUCGGGCUGUGUAAAAAGGGGAUAGAUGAUGCGCAGACUUUCUGUGGUACCCCGGAGUACCUGGCCCCGGAAGUGAUAGCUCUCCGAAGGGACUUUGACAUCGUCGGCUGCACUAGUGACGACGGCUCGGGUGAUUCAGACGAAGACAUAGUGUAUGGGCGGGCAGUGGAUUGGUGGGCUCUCGGAAUUGUGCUCUACGAAAUGCUCUUUGGACGUCUUCCGUUUUUUGGCUCCAACCAAAUGGACGCAAAGUCCAGUCAAAACGAACUCUAUCGUAAAAUCUGUCAGGCACCCCUUAAGUUCCCACAGCCUCGACCAAUCAACUCAGCUCAAGGAACCAGGACCACAACCCCUGUGUCAGACGCUGCCAAGAACAUACUGCUGCGGUUCCUGGAAAAAGACCCGAACAAAAGACUGGGCGCACGUCAUCCACCCGAGGGCCUUAAUGACAUUAAACAGCACAGCUUUUUUUACGCUUUCAUAGACUGGGAUGCUCUAGAAUCGAAGAAAAUCCCACCCCCUUUUGUGCCGGAAAAAGACGAAGAGUACUUUGAAAAAAUGUUCACAGACAAGCCAAUUGAAUUGACACCGCCUGAAAGGGAUUCGCGCUAUAAAAGCAAACACCAAGAUGAACUCUUUAAAGACUUUAACAAAUGAAACUGAGUUAGAUUCGUAUCAUUAAACCCGCGAGGUAAAGUUACUAUGACACCUUUAUUGUAUUCCACAAACAGGUUUUCUGUUCAAAUUGUUCGGAAGUUCGAGUGCUGCUUCUUUUUGUGAACAAAGCUCGAGGUGUUUAAGCGUUCAUUUACUGUCUAUCAAUUUUCAGUGCUUUGUAAAAAGAUAAAUAGCUUAGAUAUGUAUUUUAAACAACCCAUUCUAAAUUUUCCAUUGCUAUUUUUAGCACCAAUCUUAACAGCCAAUUAUUGAGCAGCAAAUUCAAUUGAUAACACAAUUUUGUUUUAUAAGAGAGCCCUUAUUUUUGUCAUUUUAAGUCAAUACUUAUGGAAUAGUUAUGGCCCAGGUUGUUAAUUAUAAUGUAAACUAACCUGUUUUACCAACUGCACUAAAAUGAAUGGCCAUGUCUAAUUUGAGCGUAGAAUUUCCAUUUCUAGUGCUCGAUUUGUUAUAAACAAGCUCUCCAUUGUCUAUCUCGCCUCAAUAUGUUUUCUAAGCUACUGAUUCACAAAAAUCAGCUUUUCUGUCAAACAACCCCCCACCCCCUCGACUAUUGCUAAAUAAAAAAAUGACUGGAAAUAAAAUAAUUCAUUUUUUGAGCCGUGUUUUAAAAAAAUUGAACUGAGCUUGUCUGUCGUUGGGUCAAAACAGUUAAUGAAACUUAAAAUGUCACUUGAAAUAAUGUUCGAAAGGAGUGGAAAAAUGAUAAAAAAAGCUGAAAUUUAAUUCUAACUUACAUUCUAUUUUUCAUUCUUGUCUAUUCUGAAAUUAAAGACGGUGCUUCCCUGACGAUGCGUUUCUUUCAAUGCAGUUUAAGUAAUUUUGCUUCUUAAAAGCUUAUAUAGAAUGCGAAAAAUUUAAGCUUCAAUUUAUCUUCUACGUCCA